AUCUAAGCAUGUGCGUCCGGUCUCACGUUUUUAAGUAUAUAAUAGAAUGUUUGAAUGUGUUCGGAAGGUACAUCAAAAUGGAGCUUCGUCGAGUGACCGUAUUCACCUUGUGUGUUCAUCUUACUGUUGCAUUUGACAUAUUUACCGACUUCCAAUCUGGUUGGGGAGGUUGGUAUCAAGAAUAUGGGGACAAUUUCGAUUGGACACGAAUAUACGGUUCCACUGGUUCGUCUGGCACUGGACCGACAGACGGUCAUUCAGGAUAUAGUUAUGAUAAUUAUGUAUACACCGAGGCUUCGUCUCCUAGGAGCGUUGGGCAAUCAGCUCGUCUACGGAGCCCAUUGCUUUCAUCAGAGCGAAGUCAAAUUUUACAAUUCUAUUACCAUAUGUACGGAGCCGAAAUGGGAACACUCAACGUUUAUAGAAAAUCUACCAACGGUUAUGAUAUUUUAUGGACAAAGUCUGGCAACCAAGGGAAUUUGUGGUAUCAAGCUAAUGUUCCGUUCCAACGUUAUGGAACUAGCGACAACUACAUCGUAUUCGAAGGCAUUAUUGGAACCUCAUUUACAAGUGACAUUGCAAUUGAUGACAUCAGCAUUACCGGUAAUAAUGAAUUAGAUUAUAAAACUGAUGUUGUUUGCAGUGGCUCUAAUAUGACCGUUUACUUGGAUACGUCCCUUAACAUCACCGGCAAUGUGCACUUCCUUGAUCCAACAUGUACUGCUGCAGGAUAUGUUUAUCGUAGCGGCACUCAAUGGAUCUAUCUAAAUACCAGAUAUGACGAGUGCAAAACCUCAAUGACGUCAACGCUGACUUCGACAACCUACCAUAAUCAGAUCAUUGCAUCCGAAACCGGCGGAAUGAUUUCCCGAAAGGGGGAAUUUCAUAUUUUCGUCGAGUGUGAGAUUGACAAUAGAGGGCGAUCAUCGGUUAGAUUCAAACAACCAGAAAUUAACAUAGAGCAUUUUAAUAAGCGCGAAAAUGGGAAUUUCACGUUUACGAUGGAUCUGUACACCAGUGGAGACUACUCUACACCAUACCAAGAUUGGUCCUAUCCUGUAGAAUUGAUCUAUGGUAGCAAAGUAUACGUCGGUGCAAGUGUACAAACUUUCACCAACGACAUGGUACUUUUUGUUGACUCUUGCAAGGCGACACCUCAUCCUGACCCGGAUGCUAAUCCACAGUAUCAAAUAAUCGAAAACAGUUGUGGUGUGGACUCUACUGUUGAAUUCGGUGGCCAAACAUCCAACCAUACAGCACGUGUUUUCUUUUCGUUUGAUACUUUUGGUUUCAUUGGCGAUUACUCCACGGUGUUUGUUCACUGUCAAUUAUCUAUUUGCAACGGAAGUGACUCGCAUUGCCAUAGAAACUGCCGUCAACGUCAACGUCGUGACGUCUCUGCACCUGAUAAAUUGUCCGAUACUGUUCCCAUUUUUCUAGGACCUGUGAUACUGAAGAGAUCAGAUGAAGACUCAAAGGUCGUCCUUGACAUUGAAGAAUCAACUUCAAAGGGGUUUUCUUUCGCCCUUUCUUCCACACUGUUGUUUGCUGUUAGCCUGGUAGUUCUUGGAGUAGGGUGUGCCUAUUGGAUUAAAAGUCGGAUCCAUACCAGAAAUGCGUACAGUCAACUGCAGAACAUCAGCGAAGAGAUGUAAUAGGAACUGGGAAAAAACACUGAGGAGAUGUAGAUAGAAUCUCUAUAUUUCAGCUCUUACAAAACAUAUGCUUUAUUAGCUAGUUAAUGUUCGAUUUUUGUUUGUUAUUACGUAGUUCUUAAGCGGGGUAAUUUAUAGUGAUAUAAUUUCAUGAUCGAUUUAGAGAAUUCGUUUACAACAAUAUUAUUUUUUUUGGUGCCCUGUCUUAAAUAAAAUCGAGGCUAUCACACACGUGCUGAGUAAUAUUUAAAAUAAAUGCCAGUCACUUAAAUUCACAUUCAAUUUCACUUUGAUUCUAUCAAUGGUUGUAGUACCCUCUUAUUUCAAAUAAUUCAUUAUGUAAUUUGAUUUUUUUUCUCUUCUGAUUACUAAUACAGUAAUUAUUUUAAUAGGGUUGUGAUUGCAUUGGUAUUUUACGGAAUUGUUACUAGUUAGAAAAACAUGUCUUUAGUUUUAAUGCCUCUGUUCAUAAAUUUUGGUGGAAAUAAAUUUAAUGGUACUGAUAGUCAA